AUGAACACUUGUAGAAUUGUCUUUAUCAUGGAGAAGUGCAAAGGAAACUUAAGAGGCCACCUCUUCAGUGAACUGGAGUCACCGCCUGGUAGAUCUGAAAAUCCUACUACCGUCGAAGAAGUAUGCCGCUGGGCAGAACAGAUCAUUGAUGGGUUGGCUUACAUUCACGCAAAGGGAGUUGUGCACGGAGACCUAAAGUUGGAAAACAUUUUGGUAUGAAGCUAGAAUAUUUUAUCGUGAUUGUAAUUGUAAAGUCGUUUGAUCAUGUAUGCAAACUGGAGUGCAUGCUAGGGUACAAGGGAAAUAUCUUGCAGUGAAGUCUUCUCUGUGGAUGAAAUUAAUUUGAAUGCCAAAAUUUGGAAGGCGGUCGGCCGUAACCAUUGUUUGUUGUCACACUUUGUAAUACCUAUGGCACAUUGUAACAAAAUUAUCGCACUUUGUAAUAACAGACCAUCGCACUUUGUAAUAAAAUAAUCUGUCUCACUUUGUUAAUAACAGUUGUCGCAAUAGUGCGACACUAAUAGUAAUAAUAACGACGAUGAUGAUAAUGAUUGUGGCACCGUGUUGUGCUCGAUGUUUGUGUUUUUUGGUUCUAUGAAAUAUUAGUAUGGCGCUUAUUCAUGGUAACAAACACUAAAAUCUCGCUAUAUGGUCAUUUUCUCGCAGGUAAUAAAUGAUACCGGAUUUCUUCGUUUCCCGUGCAACUAGUAAACUUGACAGUUUAGGAGAUCUUUUGUUAGUAUCAUUGUACUUAAGACUUGCUUUUCGUGUUUUCAUUUUUUUACUUUUUGUUAUCUUAUCUAGGCUACACUUUGCGAUGUCUCAAUUUCUGAUUAUUAUAAAUCUAUUUUGUUUCAUGUCGGUUCUAGCGCAAUUGGCGGUCAUUGUGGCACAAUGACGACGUGGGCAAAUGGUUUGCAAUAGUGUGAUACUAACAGUAAUAAUAACGAUGCUGGUGAUAAUGAUUGUCUGAUAAUGAUAAUGAUUGUGGCACCGUGUUGUGUUCGAUGUUUGUACUUUUUGAUUCUAUGAACUAUUAGUAUGGCACUAAAAUCUCGCUAUAUCUCUGGUCAUAUUCUCGCAGGUAAUUAAUGAUACGGGAUUUCUUCGUUUCCCAUGCAACUAGUAAAACUUUCAAAAUAGUUUUCUUGACUGUCAAGGAAACCUUUUCGGAAAACCCGAUAAUAGGGACAGCAGCUAAAUUCCAAUACAAAUUCCCAUAACUACGGACUCUAGCUGUUAUGGACACUAUCUCAUAGUCUCAUGGUCUCGAGGUCGUUCGCAUAGAAAGAGUGGUACUUUCCUACAGAGAUCUUGAAGCCGGAGGGCCGCAGUUUAUGUAAACACUUUCCUCCGCCCCCACUUGAGAAACUGGUGCACAAAACCGUUCAGUGGAAUAUUAUUAUUAUUAUUAUUGUUGUUGUUAUUGUUAUCGAUGAUGAUACUUAUUAUUAGGUUUUCUUGUCCUCCGACCAUCCAUUUUAAGUUUAUUACAAAGUGCGACAAGUGUUAUUACAGAGUGCGACAGGACGGAUGUUUUGUCUCUUUCUCCUUUAGUAAACAAACAGCUAAUCGAUUUCAAGGUAUCGGAAGAGAGGGCUGCGAAGGUCUAUUCCUAGGUUAAAAACGCGCGCGCGAACGUUCAAGGGAAAGGUCUUAUAAUGAUCUGAAGUAGGUGGAGCCUAUAAUGGUUAUGGGCUCCCGGUCUGGAAUGAGGGUAUAUCACGCCGGCGCUACGCGCCUUUCAAAACCGAUUUUGAAGAUAAAAAACCCGACUACUUUGCAGUCUAGUUGUGCUGAUCGAGUGCCACUUUUCUUUUGAGUGCCCAUUUUUUAGGGGCGGGGGUUGGUGGGGGUGUUUUUUUUACUCCGAAGUAAAUCUCAAUUAACGUAAAAUAUCAGUUGGUUUCCUUGGAGUGGUAAUGAAAAGUCGAUUGUGAUACGAAGUGACUCUGAGGAUAAGGAGUUGAUCAUAGGCGUUGUCCGGGGUAGUCCACUGUCAAGCAGCAUGGAAGUUGUUUAAAAGCAUUUACCUAGACUUGCCUACAAGUCGAGCUCAAAUGUUUCACGAGCGCGAUGCCCAAGCGGUGGAUAUUUUAUGUUUUCUGCGGCAAAGUUUCUCGUUGGUCCCAACUACCGGAACCGGAAAUGAGAUAAGAAAGUCUGGCAUUUACCGUGCGAGCAGAGGUUUCUGUCUGGUAUGGCUUUUGGCGUAGGCGACGCGAACGACUUGGUAAACGCUAAAAGCCAUGCCAGAGGGAAACCUUUGCUCGCAGGGUAAAUUACGUUCCUAGUUUAAUGGCCUUUGCUUACACGUAACUAUCAAACCCUCAGUCGGAUCUACAGGGGGGGGGGAUGCCACCCCACCCCCUUUAAGACUUUUCUUAGUCUUCUCCUAGAGGAAAAAACAUCAGGACCUGAUUUUUUCAGUAGCUGUUCGUUCAUUCCUUGAGCACAUUUUGAGUCAAGUUCAGUAAUGAUCAGUUUCUAUGGUUACGAGAUAUGACGCCAUAAGUGGGAGGCGGUCAAGCCAUUUUCGAGUGAAAUUACAUGUUUUUCAAAUUCUUUCAACAAUAAAAGUAAAUCUUGUGGCUAAAAUCAUGCAAAGUGCUUAUUUAUGUGUUUUUUUUUUUCAUGUCAAGCAAAAAAACACCAUUUCUCGCGGUUUUAACCUGAUUUCUAAUUCUUGCUAAAAUCCAAGAUGGCGGCCAAGAUGGCGACUAUUGUUGGUGACGUCACGGGCCCCAGCAGCGCCACCACUCAUAAAAUAUUCCUCAUCUUGUAGAGAAGAUCAAAAGCUUUCCACUGAUGGUAAAAUCGUUUCGAAAUACUGCAACAUAUCAAAAACUCUGGGGGGGGGGGGGUCCAUUCACCCCCCUUGUACCACUGUGGGGGUAUGAAUUGGGGUGUACGUCCAAGGGUUAAUGUAGAGUAUCUGGACUAUCAACCAGAAGGUCAAAGGUUCAACUCUUGUUGAAAGAACUCGGAAUUUUCCACUCGACUCGCCGGCGUCACAAACCAAAAAAGAAAAUUUUUUGUCUGAACGAUUGCACUAUUUUUUUGUAACAUAAUGCAUUGUUCCUUUAAAGUUGUCUGAAUAUAACACAGUGAAGAUUGCUGACGUUGGCCUGGCUAAAGCAGAAAUAGACAUCACCAGCACCUUUAGAGGAAUACCUGUUUAUAGGGCACCUGAAGUGUUUCAUUCUCAACGGUACGACUCCAAGGCAGACAUCUACAGCUUAGGGCUGUUAAUGUGGGAGAUGUGGUAUGGGCAUCGGGCCUUUGCUGACGCUCCAGGGACUACACUGCACGAUUUCUUUGACUGGGUGGAUGAAGGAAACCGUCCAGGUCACAAGCCGGGCUUCGAGACGCCUCCACCCUGGUGGGAACAGUUGAUGCCACAGUGUUGGGACAGUAAUCCAGACAAACGCCCCACAGCCACGAAAUGUAUUGUAGUGUGUAACUGGUCCUGA